GGACGACCACUUGACUGGUCUUGAUUCGACUCGAUUUCCACUUGACUUUGUAUAUCUGUGCUAUCUGUUACUUGGUUGUUGCGACUGCACGAUUGGUUGUUCCCGGUUGCUCUUAACCGCUCCUAUCGGUCCCUUGCUAUUUCUCUAUAAAACAAACUGACCGCCAAAGCCAACUGACCGCCAUGCCACCCCGGAUUCACUCCUUCUCCGACCUCCGCGAGUCUCUUCUCCCUCAACCAGCCUCCUUCCAGAAAAAGAAAAGUUACCACAUCCAUUCCCUCCUCGGCCGGGGCACGUUCGGCAAGGUCCUGCGCGCGACUUGGGUCGCCCAUGACCCGCACCUGGAUGUCGCUCUCAAGGUUAUCAAUAAAAAGAAAGUGAAGGGGAAUGAGGAGCUUGUAUUUCAGGAGAUGAAGGUGCUUGAGGGGCUGGUCCAUCCGAAUAUCGUCAAAUUCUACGAAUGGUUCGAAUCGCGCGAAAAAUACUACCUUUCCUUCGAGCUCGCCCAGGGUGGAGAACUCUUCGAGCGCAUUGUACAGAGAGGCAAAUUCACGGAGGAUGACGCUGUGAAGCUUAUCUCGACGAUUUGUGACGCUGUGCGUUAUUUACACGCGCACGACAUUGUACAUCGUGAUCUCAAGUGCGUAUCUCACUCCCCAUCCCGCUGGGGCCCACAAGUGACCUCCGUUUCGUAUUGUAACAGACCGGAAAACAUCCUCUACCGUACAGACGCCCCGGAUUCGGACAUCGUCAUCGUAGAUUUCGGGAUUGCCACACACCUCGAGACCCCAACAACCGAGCUGCACACCUUGGCCGGUUCGUAUGGGUACGUCGCGCCCGAGGUCCUGACCGACAAAGGUCACGGCAAGCCCGUCGACGUCUGGAGCAUUGGGGUAAUCACAUAUGUCUUGCUUUGUGGGUAUGCCCCGUUCCAGAACCCGGAUGAAGAGGAGAUGAUCGAAAAGACUGUCCAUGCGGAUGUGCGGUUCCAUGAGCAAUAUUGGAAGAAUGUUUCCCAAGAGGCAAAGGACUUCAUCAUCGCCCUCCUAACUGUUGACCCCCACAAGCGACCAACAAUCGAGCAAGUGCUCCAGCUGGCCUGGAUAAGGCACCACAUUCCCGGUUCUCAGGACCACGAUCUCGCCGGCCUACGGGAAUUCAACGCGAAGCAGAAAUGGAAGCAAGCGUUCAACGCGGUCAAAGCCCAGCACCGACUUGCCUCAUUUUCCAAAGAGAGCCAGCGCCACCUCUUGUCCACGUAUACGGGUAGCAGCGGGGGCUGGGCGAGCAGUUCCACAAGCUUGGCGAACAGUUAUGUUGAUAGUGAUGAUGAAGGCUCCGGUACACAUACGCCGGGCGAGACGGCGCACGCGAGGAUGAACCUCUCCAAGCUCCGGGAGGCACAUGUGAACAACCCGAACGCGGCGCCUGUCCUUGGACCGGGCGAACAGGUGGGCGGGCCUGCCCUGCCUAGGCUCUCGGUGACACAUCACGAUGCUCCUCAGCCUGCUGCGCCCACCAACGGUCAUUCACACUCUCAUAUGCACGAGAAGAACGACGAGGGAGCCACAACGCCCAUCGCCCAUUCCGGUCCUUCCCGUCACCUCUCCCGCCCCGUUAUCGACCCUGGCCAUCCAACAGCUGAUGAAGCCGAUAUCCCCGAAGACGAUGAAGAGGAAGAAGAUGACGGGAUGGCCAACAUGCCCGGGAGCUUUCAUCGGCCUGCUGUCAGCAGAGGUCCAAGUGGGGACGAAGGGAUCUUGAGUCGGGCGAUGGAGGCACUCCUUGGGAGGCACUAGUGCGGCAUUUGGCGAGGGUGAGGGAGGAAGAGCUGUGCUCGGUUUCGUGAUCGAAAGCAAUGAUGAUUUCACCGGAAAGCUUGAGGCGAGAAGAGUGAGGGUUUGUAUUGCCGAUUGUUUGUACAGUAUCGUCACAGAUAGAAUAUUCC